AUGCUGGACUUUGGGGUGUCAAUUUUUUGCAAUUUUCUGAAGGACUACACAGACGAAAGCAUGAAUUCAAACAACUGGCUUUCAUUUCCUCUUUCUCCAACUCACUCGUCUUUACCACCUCAUCUUACUACUCAAUCCCACAAUUUUUCUCUUGGUCUAGUGCAUGAUAACAUGGACACCCCCUUUCCUAACCAAGAAUGGAACUUGAUUGGGGCACAAGGCGGAAAUGAUCAAGUCCCUAAAGUUGCUGAUUUUUUAGGUGUAAGCAAGUCAGAGAACUCUUCAGAUCUUGUGGCGUAUAAUGAUAUUCAGGGUAAUGACACCGAUUAUAUGUUCACAAACAGCAGUUUAUUGCCACAAGUUGAAAAUACUUUAUCUGCCACCCCUACAAGUUACGAACUGCCAGAAAAUGCAAGUACUUUGCAGUCCCUGACAUUGUCUAUGGGCAGUGGAAAACGUUCGACUUGUGAAACGAGCACUGGUGAUAACACUAGCAAUGAUAACACUACCAAUAGUACUACUAAUAGCGUCGUUGAAGCUAACCCUAGAAGGACUUUGGAUACAUUUGGUCAGAGAACUUCGAUCUAUCGUGGUGUAACUAGGCAUAGAUGGACAGGAAGAUAUGAAGCUCAUUUAUGGGAUAAUAGUUGUAGAAGAGAAGGGCAAUCAAGAAAAGGACGUCAAGUUUAUCUCGGUGGAUACGACAAAGAAGAGAAAGCAGCUAGGGCUUAUGAUAUGGCUGCACUAAAGUAUUGGGGAACUUCUACCACCACCAAUUUUCCGAUUACUAACUACGAAAAAGAAGUUGAGGAUAUGAAAAACAUGACCAGACAAGAAUUUGUAGCAUCCAUACGAAGGAAGAGUAGUGGAUUUUCUCGUGGUGCAUCAAUGUAUCGAGGUGUUACCAGGCAUCACCAGCAUGGAAGAUGGCAAGCAAGAAUAGGAAGAGUGGCAGGCAACAAAGAUCUAUACUUGGGAACAUUCAGCACUGAAGAAGAAGCUGCUGAAGCAUACGACAUAGCAGCUAUUAAGUUUCGAGGUCUAAGUGCUGUUACAAAUUUUGACAUGAGUCGUUAUGACGUGAAGAGUAUUCUAGAGAGUAACACACUCCCCAUUGGAGGAGGUGCAGCUAAGCGUUUGAAGGAAGCUCAGGCAAUUGAGUCGUCAAGAAAACGUGAAGAAAUGCUUGCUCUUGGUUCUGGUUUUCCGUUUGGAACAACCGCUACAGCUGGUGGCGUUUUGCAAGCUUAUCCUCUUUUACAGCAACCAUUUGAGACACAAUCUCCACAACCUCUGUUAACGUUACAAAACUCUGAAAUUUCACAUUAUACAACACAGGAUCCUCAUUUUCACCAAAAUUACCUCCAAUCCCAUCACCAUCAUCCUUAUAACAUGCAUAGCCCUCACCAUUCAUCCAGUCAAACCCCUCAGUAUUACAAUAGCUAUCUUCAAAACAACCCGGUUUUGCUUCAUGGGUUGAUGAACAUGGGGGUUGGUGGAUCUUCAUCUUCUGUGAUGGAUACUAACAACAAUGGUGGUAGCUCUAGUGGAAGUUACAGCGGGGGAGGGUAUUUAGGUAAUUUCCUUGGACAAUCUGGAAGUACGGCGGAGGAGCUCGCCAUGGUUAAGGUUGACUAUGACAAUCUGCCAACUGAGAACUAUGCUGGCUGGUCUGGUGAUUCGUCCGUUCAAGAAUCAAACCCAAGUGUUUUUACAAUGUGGAAUGACUAAUUAACAUGUUCAGAAAGAUCGAAGGAUAUGCAAAAAGUCUAGACUUUCUGAUAAUAACAAUUUUUAUUUUCUUUGUUCUGUAAUGGUUUUUUAACGUAAUGGAUGUUCACAAGGGUC